AAAGUUAUAUACAUAUUUGGUGUGUUAAGUACAUAGAUAUUUUAGUACUAUUAUAGUGGUUAAUAACAGAAGUGCCUAACCGUAUAUUCCAGAGCAUGUACUACUUUAGGAUGACAAAAAUGUUCUUGUGAUACUCAGAUCAUGGAUUAUCAAACUUUUCUUGGAGAUAAUCCAGAAUAUCCAAUGUUUGAUCCUGAUUACAGUUAUUCAUUUCUGUCGCAUUUUACAAAUUUCACAAUGAUUAUGGAAGAAAUGAACCCAGUAACUGUUCCUCCCUCACCUAACUGGUUUGAGGAAAAAAUUAUUGCAUGUGCUCCUGAUAAUACCUUAAUAUAUGGAUCCAGAAAUGACUUAAUCAUUAUAGAACAAAAUAAAGAUACUGAACAGGCAGCUAAUGUUAGAAUUAUUUCAAGAGCACAUGCCCAGAGAGUAUUAUCAGUGAGCAUAAAUAGAAAUUGGGGCCCUUCUAAAAAAUUUGCAGCUUCAUCUGAUGAUAAAAUAGUCAAGUUAUGGAAUCUGGAAACUGAUAAAAAGUUAGAGUCUCAUGACAAACAUGCUUCUGACAAUAGAAUUGUUGGAAUUACAUUUGCAGGAGAUGAUAGGGUAAUAAGUGUGUCUGAUGAUGGCAAUAUUGUAAUAUGGAAUAUCAUAAAUAAUGAAACUAAGGUCCUCCAUAAAGGCCUAUUUGGAAUGAAAGUAUCCAUAUCAUGUAUAUCUACAUGUCCACAUGCAAAUUGGCUUACGGCUUUUGGAUUAAAAAGUGGUUUGGUCAUUGUCGCAGAUUUAAGAAAAGAUGGAAAACUUCUGCAUAAAAUGAGAGCUCAUGACAAACCCAUUAUAUCUCUUGCCUGGUGUCCAGUACCAAUCAACAUAUUUCCGAAAAGUCCUCAGAAUUAUGUUGGACAGAACAAGAAGGAGAAACCAGAACUCGAGGAAGUAGUCGACAAAGGAGAGAAAACUGAGGAAUUAAGUCCCGUAGCAACUUCUCACCCAUUACUUAAAGUGUAUGACUCUGGCGAUGAAGAUUUUCUUAAAGAAUGCCAGAUUCUCAAAGACAAAAUUUUAGGUUCUCGCGAGAACAUCAUAGACAAAGUCGAGUCUGAGGAAGCCGAAGUGUCGUCAGAUCAGUUACAUCGCAUAAUCGAUACAAGUAUUUUAGAAAAAAACUUAGAUCCUCAACAAAAAUUAGAUUAUCAAAGUACUAGUGAAGAACCACAUAGCUUUGAACCAAUUGAUCAUCCUGAGCUUGAUAAAAAUCAUGAUUCAACAAAAUGCGGUAGUACAUUAAAUGCGGUUCCAACUGGAUCUGAAUCUGAAUCAAUUGAGUCAACCAUAACGAAGGUAGAAUCUCAAGAAAAUAAAAGAGAAUAUGACAAAGAACUAGAUACUGUACCUGCUAAACCAGAUGACCAGAGCAAUAAUUUGGAUGAACAGAAGAGCUGUGAAAUAAAUAAAAACACUGAGCUUCUUGUGAGUGAUACGUUAAAAGCUGCUCCAACUGAAUCUUCAAAUGAGUCUACCAUAAACGAGCCAAAAUCUCAAGAAAAUAAAAGUGAAUCCAAAACAGAAUUAAAUAUGGCGUCCAACAAACAUGAUUUAACUGAACAUGAUGUAGAAUUAACAGAGCCAACGUUAAAAGCUCCUCCAACUGAAUCUUCAAAUGAGUCUACCAUAAACGAGCCAGAAUCUCAAGAAAAUAAAAGUGAAUCCAAAACAGAAUUAAAUAUGGCGUCCAACAAAAAUGAUUUAACUGAACAUGAUGUAGAAUUAACAGAGCCAACGUUAAAAGCUCCUCCAACUGAAUCUUCAAAUGAGUCUAACAUAAACGAGCCAGAAUCUCAAGAAAAUAAAAGUGAAUCCAAAACAAAAUUAGAUAUGGCGUCCAACAAACAUGAUUUAACUGAACAUGAUGUAGAAUUAACAGAGCCAACGUUAAAAUCUCCUCCAACUGAAUCUUCAAACGAGUCUACCAUAAACGAGCCAGAAUCUCAAGAAAAUAAAAGUGAAUCCAAAACAGAAUUAGAUAUGGCGUCCAACAAACAUGAUUUAACUGAACGUGAUGUAGAAUUAAAUGAGCCUAAAAACGAUAUUCAAAAUGACGAUAGUGUUCUUCAGAAUGACAAAGAUCUCGAAACUAAAUUGAAUGAUCACGUUGACGAUUCUGGGAAUGGCGCUUAUGCUGAAAUGAAUAUAGUGACAGCUACUUCAGUAGAAGAGGCACCUCAAAAAGAAUUUUUAUUGGCGUCUUCGGCAAAAGAAAGUAACAUUUACAUAUGGCGUGCAGGUACAGAUGGUAGACUGCAAACAUUUUUAAUGCUGCCCCAUAAAGCUAAAAAAUAUAAAUCAAAAGGUCAAUUGGAAAAAAUGUGGAUAAGUCUAUGUUGGAUUACACCAACUGUACUUCUAUCGUCUUCAAAAGACGCGGAACUUUUAGCUUGGAAUUUGCCAAAACCGAAAGAUGACUCAAAACUUAUGAAGGUAAUUCACAAAGAGCACUCAGCGUUAUUGUUUUCAAUGGUCGCUGCUCCAAUAUUACUUAACGAAUAUAACUGGCAAGAUGGACCAAUGGCAACAAACGUUUGGACUACAGCACAAGACCGUCUUCUGAUUAAUACCGACAUCACAAAUAAAACUGUUAUUUCAUGGUAUUCAACUCUUGGAGGACAUGUGAAUGUGGUUCAUGUAUCACCAGUAGAUCCACACAGAUUAGCUAUUGGUACUGCAGACGGAUAUGUUAAAAUUAUGGAUUUGAGUCGACCUCACAUUAAGCAUUUAUGCAUGACCCCCUUCUACCAACGAAUCCAAAGUAGGGUAACUGCACUCGCUUGGCAUCCUACCAACGAAUCUAUAUUAGCCUUUGGAACGGGAGAAGGAAGGGUCGGUUAUAUUGAUCCUACUAAUACAUCUAAAUCAACGUGUAUUGCAAAGCCAUAUUUUAAAUCACAAAUUUACAAUAUCCAAUGGGCGCCCAUAAAAGGUGAUAAAAAAAAGUUGGGACUUUAUGUUGUUAGUGAGGGACAAAUGGCGCUUUACGAUCCGUCUUCUAGCCAACAUGAACUGGUUCCUCUUCUUAAAACCAACAGCACAUUUUUAUAUUCGAUCUCCUGGUUACCUGAUUACUCCAUGCUGUUUUACAUAGCGAAAGAUGGUCACAUCAUUGCCUACACGCCUAAAUUGAAGGUUCUCUGUAAACACUAUUUUAAAUACCGUCUUCUAGAAAUAGUAUGGCAUCCUAAUGCGAUGGACGAGGAUGGCACGGUAGAGGAUACUGCUUCCGUUAAUAAGUAUAAAAACUGGUUUGCUGCAAUAGCCAAUUAUCAUACUGUCGUUGUAUAUAAAUUUGAUAUUGAAAGCGGUAAUAAUGACGAGAAUAUCGUCAAUAUAUAUCGCGGCGAAUCGGACUUAAUAAAUGCGAUCUCUUGGAAUCCUUUUGGAUCAUCUCAAUUAGUUAUAUCAUGGGAUAUUGGAAUAUUUCAGAUUUGGGAUGUAGAAGCAGGAGCAAUAACAGCUACAUUUGAAAAUGCCAAUUAUGAACCAGUUACUGUGGCCAUUUUCAGCCCAAUAAAUCCUGAUUAUGUUAUCUCAGGAGGAAAAGAUAAUUCUAUAAGAAUUUGGAGAAUUUCUGAUCAUCCACCAAAGGAUGAAAAAGGAAUACUUUACAAAAGAAAGAAAUUGUACAAAAUGAAAGAACAAGCAGAAAAAAAAGAAAGUUCUCAUUCUUUGUCCAAAGACGAAGAUGUUCAGGUAUCACCUAAUAAGUUUCUGAAAGAGGCUAGAAAUUAUUUACUUCCGAAGUUUUAUGGCGGCAAAAAUAUUAAAGCAAUUACGGAUUUGAGGAAGAUAUUUAGAUGGAAAGAAAAUCAAGAAACUGAGGGACCUGACGAGAUACGUAAAAUUAAUGAUGUUUUAAAUAUAUUUGGUACGGAUGACGCUAUGAUCAACUUAGUUCGUGAAAAUGAAAUUAUGCAUCAAAAGAAAGGAAAAUAUGAUUACAUUUCAACUUUAUCAUUGUUUAGAGGAGACCUUAGCACAACUAUACAAGAAGCUAUUGACGCAAGACGUGUUACUCCUCAAAUAAUAGCAUUGGCUCCUAUGGUAUCACCAAAACUGUGGCAAACAGCUUGCGAAUCUUAUGCAACACAACUGUCCGAGAACAAGGAAGCAGAUCCGUUAGAAAUCGCAAUAUAUCAUUUGGCAUGUCAUAAAGUGGAAGAAGCGCUGGCCGUUCUUUGCGAAGGUGGUUUGUUUCGAGAAGCAGUUGCUCUGGCAAAAUGUCGAAUGAUGGGCAAGGAUAUAAUAGACAAUGUGAUAGAAAAAUGGGCAGUGCAAAUGCGAUUCGACGGCAAUUUCGAAAUUGCCGCACAAUGCUACAUCUAUUUGGGAAGAUACGAGGAUGCUGCGUCACUAUUGUAUAGAAGAACCGACCUACACGUUCUGGAAUUUCUCGUGGAACUAACUGAAAAAAUCGAUAAUGAAGAAUUAAGAAAGGCAGUUAUCUAUAGGUACAACUCAUUUAAACAAGCUCAAGAGGAAAUCACCGAAUACGAACCUACAGAACAAGAACUUCGCGAAUUGCUCACAAGAGGAGACAUUUUACUACAGAAACAGUCUGAACAAGCAGCAACUGAUACCAGUGAUGUCAAAUGUGACCAAGAUCGGAAAAAUGAUGACGCUGGGACAGAUUUUCCACAAAUUCAAGAACAUUCGAGUAGUACAGAAGACAACGUAAAAGAUGAAGCAACAAACAAUUUAGAAGCUACUGUAGAAGUAAAGACCAUCUCGGAUACAAAUGAAAAUGCCUAUCAAAUCGAUAAAAAAAAUAUUGAAUCGUCAGAAAAUAAAAUGGAAGCAUCAGAAGAUAUACCCGAAAGUAUUAAAGAACAAAAAACAGAUGACUCUAAGGGUGAACCUAGGGGAAAUGCUGAAUACAUCCAAAAUGAAUUAAAAACUGAAGAUACCUUAAAAUCUGAUGAGAUUAAAGAUAAUAUUAAAAUUAAAAAAGCUGAAGGAGAAGACUGAUAAUAUUUAGUCCGACUGAUUAAUAUAAGUGAGUUUCCAUAUUCUUUGGAAAAUAUUUUUUGUUUUAUAUUAGGUAUAGUUUUUGUUUUUUUUUACUUUUUGUGUAAAGAUUUAAAUAAUUUUUUAAUUAUUUUACUACCCACCAAGGAAAAAUACGUUUUUUAUUUGUUGUUAAGAACAUGAAAGAAAUGUUUUAAUUUUGUUAUAUUUCGAAUAAAUAAAUAAAUGUUAAGUCCUUUAUUAUAAAAUAAAUGUUAAGUUGCAUGCAA